UGAUUUUGCAUUUCCGGGGGAGAACUGUUAGUAAACAAAACAGUUCUCCUCUUGUCACCUACGGCACACUGCUUUGCAUAGCUGUGCACAGCACAGCCAUGCAAAGCAGUGUGCUUACAGUGAAGCACUAACACAGGAAACAAAGUAAAACGGCACACAGCACACAGUUAACCCUUUGAUCACCCCUCAUGUUAACGGUUUCAUGCCCAGUGCCAUUUGUACAGUGUCAUUGCUUUUUAUUUGCACUGAUCACUGUAUUGGUGUCACUGGGGAUGUCAAUGACACCAAGUCAGUUCCCCCCAGUGUCAGAAUGCCUAGUGCAGUCCCGCUAU